AUGACACCCGCUGAGAGAUUGGUUCUUGGAGUGGGAGUGCUGAGUGUGAUUGUUAUUGCCGUCUGCAGUGUGCCAGCAGUAUGGGGUCUGUGGGCGAGAGUUGCGAAGACGACGCGGUAUGGGCCGAUUCGCUUGGAGGAUUCGUCAGACACGACACCUACGGAGUAUAUCGACGAAGAUGGAGAGGCGACGGAGUAUUCGGUUGCCGAGUUUGAGAAGUCAGAGAGAUGGCAGAAAUGGGGCGUCGUCUUGCUCUCCUUUGCCGGGUUCGGGGUAUCGUUGGCACAGGCUGUUGUGGCAACUUGUAUACGGGAGCAGGACAAGAGACACUUUAUCGCGCCGUCGUGGGUGCAGAUGGUCGGAUGGACUGUGAUGUGCCUGCAACCCGUCUCUCUACUCACUGAAAAGUCGUGCGUGAAAAGAUAUUCCCUUGGGAUCUAUGCCUUCUGGGCCAGCUUCCUCUCUCUCUUAUUUAUACCUGUUCAAAUCACCAUUUUCUGGAGUAAUGGGUACCCAAUCGACAUCAGCCACGCCUUUACAGCACUCUUCUCCACCCAGAUCCUCGUCGCCAGUCUCCGGGCCGUGGUCUGCAUUCUCAUUCCCCGACGGCCAACCGUCUAUUUCGAGGGCCGAGAGGUCGACCAGGAGCUCAAUGUCAGUGCAUAUAACCGCUUCACCUACGGCUGGGCCACGGGGCUCCUCCACUUUACGUCUCAUAAUAAAGGACUAGGCGUCGAAGACCUGCCCAAACUACCGUUCGCUGCCAGAGCAGAAACCGUGCAUGCACGACUGGCACAAUUCCAGGGCGCUCGUAAGCUCUGGGUUGCUCUGGCCGUUCGACAUGCCCGGGCUCUUAUAAUUCAGGGCCUCCUAAGCCUCGUGGUCUGUGUCCUUGGUUUCGGUCCGCAGGUGGCCCUUUUCAAGAUUUUGAAGACUCUGGAAGACGACUCUGUUCUUUCUAAACACUCACCAGAGGCUUGGAUGUGGGUUGGUGCACUUGGGAUGUUCCUGGCGGUGACAUCGAGCAUCGAGUCGUGGCUUUGGUGGCUGAUUUAUUCGGACCUCUGGAUUCCGAUCCACGAGGGUCUCUCGGGAUUGGUAUUUUCCAAAUCAAUGCGGUGCAAGGAUAUCAAUUCUCCCAAGGCAAAGUCCACGCAUGAUAUGGAAGACUGGGAGGACGAAGACGAAGAAGGAGAGGAGGAGAAGAACCGGCAGAGCAUUAUCAACCUUGCGGCUGUCGACUCGAAGCGUAUUGCCGAUUUCGUCACAUUCAGCUACCUCAUCCCGUCUUGUAUCCUUCGGCUGGCGAUUUCUGGUGCCUUUCUUGUUGGCCUCAUUGGCUGGCCGAGUCUGCUGGCUGGAAUUGGAGGCGCGAUUCUGCUCACGCCAGCCAAUUCGUGGCUCACCAAACGAUACGCGUCUGCCCAGGAAGAGUUCAUGAAAGCGAGCGACAAGCGAACAAGUGCCGUGACUGAAGUUCUGCAGGGAAUCCGACAGAUCAAGUUCGGUGCCCUGGAGCAGCAGUGGCAGGACCGCAUCAAGGAGAAGCGCAAGCUUGAGCUGAAUCUCCUGUGGAAGACAUCGGUGUACACCACGGGCAUGGUAUCUGUAUGGCUCAUGGGGCCAUUGCUGCUUUCUGCUAUUUCCUUGACAGUCUAUGCACUUACUCGAGGAGAACUCUCUCCUUCAGUUGCCUUCACAGCCCUCUCUAUCUUUGGCUCGCUCGAGUCAUCUCUUGCCAGUCUACCGGAUCUGUUCUCUAAAGCAAUGGAAGCGAAAGUCAGUGCUGACCGCAUUGACAGCUAUCUAUCUUCGCCAGAGAAGGUCUCGAAUACAGCAGACGUCGAUACUAUCACUUUCAAAGACGCAACAGUUGCCUGGCCAUCUGAAGAUGCACAAGAAGACAACUGGGAAUGCGAUCGCUUCGUCCUCCGACACGUAUCCCUCCAAUUCCCUCCCAAAGGACUAACCGCAAUCGUGGGCAAGACAGGAUCCGGCAAAAGCCUUCUCCUUGCCUCAAUUCUAGGCGAAUGCGACGUACUGUCUGGCUCAGUGGAAGUUCCUCAUGCACCGCCUCUAUCCCAGCGAUUCGACCACCUAGCGACACGAGCGAACUGGAUCCUCGACACAGCGAUCGCAUACGUAGCACAGAACCCAUGGAUGGAGAAUGCAACGAUCAAAGAUAACAUUCUAUUCGGCCUACCCUACGACCGACAGCGGUACCGCCAGACACUCUUUGCCUCCGGAUUGGAAAAGGACAUGACGAUGCUGCCGGACGGCGAUCUCACAGAUAUUGGUGCGAACGGAAUCAACCUCAGCGGCGGGCAGAGAUGGCGUAUCUCAUUUGCUCGUGCACUGUACUCUCGCGCUGGGAUUUUGGUUAUGGAUGAUAUCUUCAGCGCGCUGGACGCGGAGACUGGCCGACAUGUGUAUGAACAUGCACUUACUGGAGAAUUAGGGCAGGGCCGGACUAGGAUACUGGUCACCCACCAUGCUGGGCUGUGUCUUCCACGUACGGACUACUGUGUUCUGCUUGAAAACGGCUUUGUCAAUCACGCCGGCACUGUUCAAGAGCUUCAAGCAUCCGGAGAAUUGGCGGAUCUUAUGGUUAAGGUCGAGGUAAACCGCGAGCAAAAGGAAAAGCCCUCUCAAGAGCUUCCUAAGCGAAAGCGCUCCUCGGCUGCUAGUGGUGGACGGCGGUCGUCUGUGUUCAGUAUGCAGACGAUCAAGAAGUUUAUGCAAGAGGAGAAGCGCGAGACUGGCUCGAUCCCCCUCAAGGUAUACGGGGCAUACAUGAACAAGGGCAACCGUCUGCGGUGGUGGAUCCUGGCGUUCCUGGCAUACGCGGCUUUUACGACACUUCUCAUCGGCAGAUCCUGGUGGGUGAGUGUGUGGACUUCCAGUACAACCGAUCCAGAGCCCAAACAGGCAACAAGCCCUAUCAACAUCAACAGCGACCUCAUGUACUAUCUCACUGUCUACGUGGGUAUCUCCGCUGCUGCAUGUAUUGUCGGCACCCUCCGCUGUCUCGCCCUUGCUGUUGCCUUUAUCGAGUCGUCACGCCAACUCUUUGACGACCUCCUGGCCACAGUCCUCCGCGCUCCCCUCCGCUGGCUCGACACUGUCCCCCUAGGCCGCAUCCUCAACCGCUUCACCUCCGACAUCUAUCUCCUUGAUUGGCGCCUAGGCUACGAUAUCGGGCACCUCACCUACAAAGCGCUCGAGCUCCUAGGCAUUCUAGUCGCAGGGACAACAGUAUCGCCCUUCCUUCUGCUUCUGGCAUGCGUGCUACUCACUCUCUGCGUCCGCCUCUUCCGGGACUACCUUGGUGGUGUCCGCGAGAUCAAGCGCCUGGAAAGCACAGCCAAAAGCCCUGUAAUGGAGAAAUUCGGCUCCAGCCUGUCCGGCCUCGCCACGAUCCGCGCAUUCAACAAAGCAGACACCUACAUCCAGGAGAUGUAUGGCCUGAUCAACAACCACGCCCAGGCAUCCUGGUACCUCUGGCUCUUCAACCGCUGGCUCGGAUUCUGGAUGGCCCUUGUCGGCGCGCUCUUCUCAACAAUGACCGCCGCGCUCGUCGUGUAUAUGCCCGGUGCCUCGGCUGCACUGGCUGGAUUCGCCAUGAGCUUCGCCCUGCAAUAUAACUACGCCGUGGCAAUGGGACUCCGAUUCUACGCGAAUGUUGAAAUCGACAUGAACGCCACAGAGCGUGUUCUUGAAUACACCAACAUCGAAAUCGAGACCCAGGACGGAUAUAACCCACCAGCGUCCUGGCCCACGCGGGGCAAGAUCGAAGUCGAGAACCUCGAAGUAGGCUACGCUCCUGACCUCCCGGUCGUUCUCAAUGGAAUCAGCUUCACAGUUGAGAAUAACCAGCGCGUCGGCGUGGUAGGUCGCACAGGCGCAGGGAAGUCCUCUCUAACACUGGCCCUAUUCCGCUUCCUCGAGUCCCGACGAGGCCGAAUCAUCAUCGACGGCCUCGAUAUCUCGCAGUUAAAACUACAGGAGCUCCGCAGUCGAUUGGCAAUUAUUCCUCAAGACCCGGUCCUAUUUUCAGGAACGAUCCGGUCGAAUCUGGACCCGUUCAACGAGCACAGUGAUCUGGAGCUGUAUAACGCGUUGGAACGCGUGCAUCUCCUCCAUUUCGAGGAUACAUCGACGCUCGCCUCCCAGCCGAGCUCCUCGUCUCAGAGCCCGCCCCAGAGUCCAGCUAUGACGAGAUACAAUGAUCCAUUGAGCGGGAGUAGUACACUGGCUUCCUCGUCUUCGUCUACUGCACCGCCUAAACCAACCGGCUUCUUUGCCUCGCUUUCCUCGCCUAUUACAUCUGGCGGGUUGAAUAUCUCCCAUGGCCAGCGGCAGCUCCUGUGUCUUGCGCGAGCUAUUAUCUCGAGACCGAAGAUCAUGGUGCUGGAUGAGGCGACGUCGGCUGUUGAUAUGGAAACCGACGCACUGAUCCAACAGUCGAUCCGGAGCGAGUUCGGGCGGAGUGACUCCAGUUUACUGGUCAUCGCGCAUAGGCUCAGUACGAUUGCGGAUUUUGAUCGGAUUCUUGUGCUGGAUGCUGGGAAGGUUGUUGAAUGGGGUGCGCCCAGGGAGCUUUUGGAGAUUGACGGGGGUGUGUUUAGGGGGUUGGUUGAGAAGAGUGGCGAGAAGGCAGCUGUGGAAAGGGUCAUUCUUGGGGAUGACAGGGUGAGGAAGAAUUGA